UGGAGACAGACACACAGCAGCAGUGUCCUUAAAGUUGAAGCAAAGUGUCUUCGUAGCUGUCUGGACUGUCAUCUCCAAGCAAAGCCAUGGACAAUCAAACAUCAAGAGAGGCCCCUACUGAGGAGUCACACAUGGGACUUGUUGACGACUUUGAAACAGAUAGGCCUUCGAUCAUUCCUGUGGAUGAGCGUACACCACAUCCCGCGCUACAAACGGACCAGGUGGUCAUGGACAACUUGGGAAAGCUUUUUAACCACUGCAUCGAGCAAGUGUCCCACCUGGAGACGCAGAGGAGCGAGCUGAUACAGGAGCUCCUCCGUCUGCAGGAACCCCUUCUGCGGGUUGUGGGCCACCUGAGAGGGAAGCUGAUGGAGACGCGGAGGCUGCUCAUGCUGACUCAGCUGGAUUAUGUCGCCGUUUAUGAGGAAGUGAAGGAGGUGAAGAGGAAACUGUUUGCCACAGCCAGAGACUGCAUCCAGAGCCAGGUGAAGCUGGCUGAGCAGGAGUACGAGGUGUCUCAGUCUGCUGUUACUCAGGAGGAGCUCAAGGCCUACAUCCAAAGUCUGACCCAGGAGCUGUCCCAGCUCCAGGAGGCCCAGCAGAACCAGCUGAACACCCUGAGGGACCAGGCCUCCAGACCCCGCAGGCCCAGGGCCAUGAGCGACGUCGGCCAGUGCCGGCAGGCUUCUGUCAGACUGCAGCGGCGGCUCAGCGGCAGCGUGAGGGCACUGGAGGGCUGGUACGAGCCCCGGCUCAUGGCCCUGCUGAGGAGAAGGCAGGUCGGGGAGGACGCCUUGAGAAAGAGCAGGGAGCAGGCUGCGGACCUGAGGGCCAAGCUGGCGCCCCUGAGAGAGGAUGUGCAGAGACUGGAGGUGCAGAGGGCCUGUCUGGAGCAGAGGAUCACUCUGAUGGAGAGGGAGCGGCAGGAGAGCAUCACACAGCACAAGGAGAACGUUGAGAAACUGCAAGAGACUCUGAGGGAACUACAAGUGGAGUUUACGGUUCAAAGAAAAGUUAAGAAAGAUUUAGAGGAUUAUAAUGAUGGCCUUUCAAAAGAUCUGACUUUUCUGAGGGGCUGUGAUGAACCCUUUGAACCCAGUGCAGAAGAGGAUCCCUAAAUUCUGUUUCCAAGAGAUAUUUUAAGCCAGACCAAACCACAGAACAAAAGUUACAUUUAAUAUAGAAAAGCAACACAAUGCAAACUUUUUCUUGCUUCUACAACUUUUACUCUUACCUACACCUCAUAAUCUGGCAUGCUGUGCCAACAAACACAGCACAUAGAUUUAUUGUAAAUAUUUUAUUAUGAAUAUAUUUAAGUACACAAGAGACACAAAAGUGGGG